AUGGCAAUGAAUACGUGCUGGUCAAUAGGAUAUGCACAGAACUGCAACAGUGGUAUACAACAUAUAAAUAUCGCCUUCAUCCCAACAUUCACUCCUUAUUCCCAUCGUCUACAUCUUCUCAUCAUCAAAUCCUUCCCCUCUCCUCAAGUUCAAUUCUGCACAAUGAAACUCACCACCGUCUCAAUCCUCGCGGCUGUCAGCUCAGCGCUCGCCGUCCCCACCAACAUCAAGCGCGACAGCUAUAUCCAAAUUAGCGACUUCUGGGCCAGGGCUGGUCCCACAUCCCCCGGGGCAUCCAUGCACUUUGUCGUUACUGAUCCAAACUACCCGGAGGACACGCCCACCGAUUGCAACCUGAUCUGGACCUAUGGCCACGCUGCUAAGGAAGGUGCACGCUGCAACAAUGGCGAAUACUACAUCAAAUUCCCCAAUGGCGCUCCCGACUUCAACUUGUUCACACUGGAGCUUCAGAGGGUCAGUGGGCCAAUCGCUGAGGAUGGUCAUGUCUUGCUGAGUUCGAACGCGAAUGGCGGUGCACCUGGAACCAAGUGGAUUUGUGUCAAUGACCCGAAGCCAGGGGUUGAGAUUAGCUGUUCUUAUGAUGGGGUUCUUCAGAUGCAAGUUGCCUAA